UGCUCAUCAAGGUGGCGGGCAUUGGAUGGCAACCGAGCACAAUCCUCCAUGCUACAGGCAGAACACACAUAUGCACACAGACGAUUGUCUUGACGCUCUGGAAUCGAUUGAUUGAUUGCAGUGCGUGCCGUGCGUGCAUGGACCGCAAUGUACUUACUGUACUUGGAUAUGUAUGUAGGUAGGUGGUUACCAUAUAUACUCUAGGAAGCUCGCGACACAACCCACCACCCACCCGUCCAUCCAUCCAUCCAUCCAUCCAUUCAUCCACGUUUCUUCCCAUUCUCCGCCAUUUCUCACUCCUCGGCACCAGUACCUAGACUGGUCGUCUUCGUCCUCGUCCUCUAUACCCAGUCCCAGCUGCCGCAUCCUCAGAAUCCGAGCUGAUGUUUCAUUUUGCUGGUGCCCUCCUUGCAAAUCAACAUGACGACCAAAAGGAGAGACCACCGCCGUCACGGCCCAUACCUGUAACCUUCCCAUCCCUUGUGCCUCCGGACCCUUCACCAGCAGCCUCCCCACCUGCCUGGUCCACCGGUCCUUCUUCACCUGUUUCGACUCAUUUUCUCAAUCUGAGAAAACCAUCAGACGUCAACUUGGACACCUUGUCCAUUUUGAACGUGACGUUUCGACCUCAGUGCGACUUUGAAACGCUCCUGUCUUCGAACGAUGCACAAGCCCACCUACCCCCAAAGGCUUGGCUGGAAGCUCCGAACCAUAAUCAACAUGAUGUUUCUUCUUCUUCUUCCCAGCCGGAUGUGAAGCUUCUUUCGAGUGGCAGAAGAGUCCCAGACCGCAAUGAAUUCUACUCGCGCGCCAAAGAGCUCUCCUUCAACAAUCAUGAUGCCUUUAGCAACCUCUCGCGGAAACCAAAAGGCGAACGCGUUCCGCUUCGGCUAGCCUAUUUUCGGAAAUUCUGGGAGAAUCUGGACAACAUGGCCUACUAUUGGGAUAAUUCUCUUGAUGAAUAUCUGCCAUCCCAGCCUCAAAACGUUGCUCAUGAUGCUACGUCUGUACACGUCAGCCCAGACAAUGACAAGUGUGACGAUUCACCCGUUGGAAAACCCGUGACAGUUGAUGGAAUCAAAGCCUCAUCCCAGCCUCUCCAAGCCACUUCCCGGGAGGAAGACCCACGCAAAAAGGCCAAGACCGAGUCAACUACCGAUGAAACAUCAUCGAUGCCCAUUAGUAGUACAGAGACGACUAGCGCCUCAAGUACAAUACCCGCACCGUCAAUAUCCUCAAGCAGAGCGAUACCAGCGAGAACCGUGCCGCCGAAACUUCCAUGGGCAGAAGAUGCGGAGCCUAAACCCCCUGUCGACUUGAGUAAAGGUUCAUACAGGGGCUGUCGUCUUGGAAACGGGGCGGAAAUGCCUGUCAUGUACCAGAACGAUUGUGUGCGUGCAUUCCUGGAGCCUAUAGCUUGGUCUUUUGGCGUCACAGUCGCACCGCAUCGCCGUCCUCCAGUCCUCGUCAUGGAACACGUGCGGUUCCCGGUGCGAAUGACCUUUGCCGCCUGGCGAGUACCGCAAGAUAGAAUCAAAGCGCGCCAAGGAUGGAAUCAAGGUCCUGUGAUGGGCGUUCAAUGUAGACAGGAGACGAACUUUGGUUCUACCGGAGAUUUGCAAGCAGAAUCGGUUCUUGACGCAACUCGAGAGCUCGGUGGACUACUCCUGUUGGCUCAAGAACGAUCAAGGCAGGGCAAAACAGAAACCCGGGGAGGUGAGGGGAAAUGGUGGUCAAGCAAGCAUCGAUGGGGAGGUGGUCCAGGUGGCGAGGUCGGUGAAGCUACUGGCGCCAGUGAUGCGACCCCAGAGAUCGAGACACCAAAACCCGAGGAGAAGCCUGUCGUUCGAACCAAACUAGGCUCGAAAGAACGACGAAGGCCAUCUCCAGAAGAAGUCUGGAAAGCCAUUAGACCCGGAAAUCCACUCUGGGAUCCCAAGACUGUUUACGAAGCCAUCGGUAAGGAUCGUGACUCCGACUGGGACGAAAUCUACAUGGUUUCAUCGUUGAAUCAUCACAUUAGCGUUGUUAAGUUACGCAUUCACGCUCUCUAUGUUGAAUUCAUCACUACUGGUAAACUCCCAGAAACUACCCCCUCUGAACCUAAUUGGUGCUCGCCUCAACUUCAACGGACAAGGUGGUAUGAUCUUCUCGACAUGGAGGACCGAAAGGAGGCUAUGCAUGGUAUCUGGGGCAUCAUGUCAUAUCUGUUGAGGUCCGAAGGGAAGAGUGAUACCCCAACGGCUGAUGCAUAG